UUGUGGUGGUGCUUCGGGUGACAACGGUCAAUAAUGAAGGUGGCUGCGGCGCGGCGGCAGGCUCAGCUGCGCCGGGCGGGGGCGGCGCCGGGGCCGCGCCUCUAGGACCUCGGAGCCGGCGCGGCGAGAUGGGGACCCGGCGCGGGGAGUGAGGUGGCUGCGGCGGCGAGCGGAACUUCAGCCAGAGGGGCAAUCCCGCUUCCCCCUCUGGCUCGUCAGCUUCCACCUGCAGCCCCUCGGCCCCCGCGUCCCGCGGGACCGGGACGGCGACGGCGGGGGCAUGUGGCGCUGGAUCCGGCAGCAGCUGGGUUUUGACCCACCACAUCAAAGUGACACAAGAACUAUUUACAUAGCCAACAGGUUUCCCCAGAAUGGCCUUUACACACCUCAGAAAUUUAUAGAUAACCGGAUCAUUUCAUCUAAGUAUACUGUGUGGAAUUUUGUUCCAAAAAAUUUAUUUGAACAAUUCAGAAGAGUGGCAAACUUUUAUUUUCUUAUUAUAUUUUUGGUUCAGCUUAUGAUUGAUACACCUACCAGUCCAAUUACCAGUGGACUUCCAUUAUUCUUUGUGAUAACAGUAACUGCCAUUAAGCAGGGAUAUGAAGAUUGGUUACGACAUAACUCAGAUAAUGAAGUAAAUGGAGCUCCUGUUUAUGUUGUUCGAAGUGGUGGCCUUGUAAAAACUAGAUCAAAAAACAUUCGGGUGGGUGAUAUUGUUCGAAUAGCCAAAGAUGAAAUUUUUCCUGCAGAUUUGGUGCUUCUAUCCUCAGAUCGACUUGAUGGUUCUUGUCACGUUACAACUGCUAGUUUGGAUGGCGAAACUAACCUGAAGACACAUGUGGCAGUUCCAGAAACAGCAGUAUUACAAACAGUUGCCAGUUUGGACACACUCAUAGCUGUGAUAGAAUGUCAGCAACCAGAAGCAGACUUAUACAGAUUCAUGGGACGAAUGAUAAUAACUCAACAAAUGGAAGAAAUAGUAAGACCUCUGGGGCCGGAGAGUCUCUUGCUUCGUGGAGCCAGGUUAAAAAACACAAAAGAAAUUUUUGGAGUUGCUAUCUACACUGGAAUGGAAACUAAGAUGGCAUUAAAUUAUAAGAGCAAGUCACAGAAAAGAUCUGCAGUAGAAAAGUCAAUGAAUACAUUUUUGAUAAUUUAUCUAAUAAUCCUUAUUUCUGAAGCCAUCAUCAGUACUAUCUUGAAAUAUACAUGGCAAGCUGAAGAAAAAUGGGAUGAACCUUGGUAUAACCAAAAAACAGAACAUCAAAGAAAUAGUAGUAAGAUUCUGAGAUUCAUUUCAGACUUCCUGGCUUUUUUGGUACUCUACAAUUUCAUCAUUCCAAUUUCAUUAUAUGUGACAGUCGAAAUGCAGAAAUUUCUUGGAUCAUUUUUCAUUGGCUGGGAUCUUGAUCUUUAUCAUGAAGAAUCAGGUCAGAAAGCUCAAGUCAAUACUUCUGAUCUGAAUGAAGAGCUUGGACAGGUGGAGUAUGUGUUUACAGAUAAAACUGGUACACUGACAGAAAAUGAGAUGCAGUUUCGGGAAUGUUCAAUUAAUGGCAUUAAAUACCAAGAAAUCAAUGGUAGACUUGUAUCUGAAGGACCAACACCAGACUCUUCAGAAGGAAGCUUAUCUUAUCUUAAUAGUUUAUCCCAUCUUAACAACUUAUCCCAUCUUACAACCAGCUCGUCUUUUAGAACCAGUCCGGAAAAUGAAACUGAGCUAAUUAAAGAACAUGAUCUCUUCUUUAAAGCAGUCAGUCUCUGUCACACUGUACAGAUUAGCAAUGUUCAGACUGAUGGCAUUGGUGAUGGUCCCUGGCAAUCCAACUUUGCACCCUCCCAAUUGGAAUACUAUGCGUCUUCACCAGAUGAAAAGGCUCUAGUGGAAGCUGCUGCAAGAAUUGGCAUUGUAUUUAUUGGCAAUUCUGAAGAAACUAUGGAAGUUAGAACACUUGGAAAACUGGAACGGUACAAACUGCUUCAUAUUCUCGAAUUUGAUUCAGAUCGUAGGAGAAUGAGUGUAAUUGUUCAGGCACCUUCAGGUGAGAAGCUUUUAUUUGCUAAAGGAGCCGAAUCAUCAAUUCUUCCUAAAUGUGUAGGUGGAGAAAUAGAAAAAACCAGAAUUCAUGUAGAUGAAUUUGCUUUGAAAGGGCUAAGAACUCUGUGUAUGGCCUAUAAACAUUUGACAUCUAAAGAGUAUGAAGAAAUAGAUAGACGUCUGUUUGAAGCCAGGACUGCCUUGCAACAACGGGAAGAGAAAUUGGCACAUGUCUUCCAGUUCAUAGAGAAAGACCUGAUACUACUUGGAGCUACAGCAGUGGAAGACAGGCUACAAGAUAGAGUUCGAGAAACUAUUGAAGCACUGAGAAUGGCUGGUAUCAAAGUAUGGGUACUAACUGGUGAUAAACAUGAAACAGCUGUUAGUGUGAGUUUAUCAUGUGGACAUUUUCACAGAACCAUGAACAUCCUUGAACUUGUAAACCAGAAAUCAGAUGGCGAAUGUGCUGAACAAUUGAGGCAGCUUGCCAGAAGAAUUAAAGAGGAUCAUGUGAUUCAGCACGGGCUGGUGGUGGAUGGGACCAGUCUGUCUCUUGCACUCAGGGAGCAUGAAAAACUAUUUAUGGAAGUUUGCAGAAAUUGUUCAGCUGUAUUAUGCUGUCGUAUGGCACCACUGCAAAAAGCAAAGGUAAUAAGACUGAUAAAAAUCUCACCUGAGAAACCUAUAACAUUGGCUGUUGGUGAUGGUGCUAAUGAUGUAAGCAUGAUACAAGAAGCACAUGUCGGCAUAGGAAUCAUGGGUAAAGAAGGAAGACAAGCUGCAAGAAAUAGUGACUAUGCAAUAGCUAGAUUUAAAUUCCUCUCCAAAUUGCUUUUUGUUCAUGGUCAUUUUUAUUAUAUUAGAAUAGCUACCCUUGUACAGUAUUUUUUUUAUAAGAAUGUGUGCUUUAUCACACCCCAAUUUUUAUAUCAGUUCUACUGUUUGUUUUCUCAACAAACACUAUAUGACAGCGUGUACCUGACUUUAUACAAUAUUUGUUUUACUUCCCUACCUAUUCUGAUAUAUAGUCUAUUGGAACAGCAUAUAGAUCCUCAUGUAUUACAGAGCAAGCCCACCCUCUAUCGAGACAUUAGUAAAAACCAUCAACUAAGCAUUAAAACAUUUCUUUAUUGGACCAUCCUGGGUUUCAGUCAUGCCUUUAUUUUCUUUUUUGGAUCCUAUUUUCUAAUAGGAAAAGAUAUAUCUCUGCUUGGAAAUGGCCAGAUGUUUGGAAACUGGACAUUUGGCACCUUGGUUUUCACAGUCAUGGUUAUUACAGUCACAGUAAAGAUGGCUUUGGAAACUCAUUUUUGGACCUGGAUCAACCAUCUUGUUACCUGGGGAUCUAUUAUAUUCUAUUUUAUAUUCUCUUUGUUUUAUGGAGGGAUUCUCUGGCCAUUUUUGGGCUCCCAGAAUAUGUACUUUGUAUUUAUUCAACUCCUAUCAAGUGGUUCUGCUUGGUUUGCCAUAAUACUCAUGGUUGUUACGUGUCUAUUUCUUGAUAUUGUGAAGAAAGUAUUUGACCGACAGCUCCAUCCUACAAAUACUGAAAAGGCACAGAUGUACUCCAACACAGUUGCUUUAAGUGACGAAUUCAUCGCACUGCAGCCAUUGUCGAGGGCAAGGAAUCAGCUGAGCAAACUUAGCUUACUGAAACAAAUUCAGGUAUCAAGUGCUUGGACUCCAUGUGCUGUUUCUCAGAGGGAGAAACAGCGUGCGCAUCUGUUGGAAGAAUGCUGGAACGAGUAGUAGGAAGAUGUAGUCCAACCCAUGUCAGCAGAUCUUGGAGUGCAUCGGACCCUUUCUAUACCAACGACAGGAGCAUCUUGACUCUCUCCACAAUGGACUCAUCUACUUGUUAAAGGGGCAGUAGUACUUUGUGGGAACCAUUUCAACUCCUUUCCUAAAAUUCAGUGUGAUCAUCCUGGUAAUGGCCACACUAGUUCUGCAGAAUUACUUUCUAAAAUUUCUCAAGUAUUUCAUACCCACUCAGAGUUAUAAUGGAAAACAAAUAAAAAGCAUUAACAUAACCCCCUUUCAACCCCUUUCAUUUAAAUCUGAACGUGUUAGAAUUUGUGAAAGAGACAUUUUCUAUCUCUUUGGCUUGUCCCUCAUGCUUAUGGGACUCCUAAUGGCAUUUCAGCCUCUUGCUAAGGCCACUAUAUUUUAAUAUCAAGGUAGAAAAGGGAGGUAAUUGCUAGUUAAUUGUAUUUUUUAGUAUUAGUUUGGUUAUCGAGACUUCUAUUCAAAUCUGCUUCUGUAAAUUAUGCUGAAAAGUUUGCCUUGAAAACUCUAUUUUUUUAUUAGAGUUAUAUUUGAAACUUUUCAUGCGAAAAGUUAAUGUGAAUAGAAAGGAAUUUUGGUCCCUCGGUGACCCAUGUUGUUAAUUCUUUAGUGCUUUCUAAGUUCACACAGCAAAUUAGGAGAAUGCAUUUCCCAUCAUUAUUUACUACAUUGUGGGUAUAAAUAUAUACCAAAACCAAACUUCUCUAAAUACUAUAACACAACUAGUAAAGUUAAGCAUAUACAUGCAAAAAAAAUUAUAUAUAUAAAUCAGGAAUCAAGUCCAUUCACCAAAUUUCAAGUUGAUGUUUACUAAUGUUUUUGUGAUGGAAUACAAAGAACCUAUAGUGGAUAAAUUAUAUACCAUUAGCAUAUUAUUAUUUAAUGUGUUUAUCACUGGAUCUUUUGCAUGCUUUAAUCUGGUUAAUAUAUUUAAAUUUGCCUUUUUUGUCCUAUCUGAAAGCUCUGUUUAUAGUAUUUUAUGACACUGUUGUAAAGUUCGACUAUAUCAAUAAAAAACAAGUUUGGACAGUA